UUCAGUUCGCUCGUCGAUUCUUAUCAUAUUUUCUCUGAAAAUGAUUGUGUAAAUCGGACAAAAUAUGGCUUGAAAUUAUUUAUAAAAAAGAAACAUUAUUAGUGUCUUAUGCUGUAGAGCUGUUUAAUUAUUAUUUCAGAAACAGCAGUGGCGGAAAAGUGAGCAAAAAAAAUUUACAAAAACUAAAAACAAUAUCAACAAUCCGCCCCCACUAAAAGUAAAUGAGUGACUUGUACACAAAAAGUAGGCAAAGGCAUAUUCAUCGGUGCCAUAGAUUUGUUCUAACAAUUGAGCCUGCCAUUGCGUUGCACCGUAAUACCCAUUUUCGCAUGCUCUGCUGUGAUAAUGGAAAUGUGAAAAGCUAAUUGAAUCAGUAUCUGAAAAUAAUAGCAUUUGCAAUACACACUCACAUAUACAGUUGCAAACCAAAGUGCAGCGCUCUAUAGUGCCAGUGACCUGGAAAACGUAACAACAUAAACUUGACAAUCGCAUAAAUAUGGAGUUUGCCGAUCUCAUAAAAACGCCAAAGCUGGACGGAGUAUUCUUACACGACCACCUGCAUACAACAGUUGAGGGAACGCUCUGUAUCACCGGUCAUCAUCUGUUGUUGAGCGCCAGACAGGAGAAUAGCCAAGAGCUAUGGUUACUGCACAAGAAUAUCGACUGUGUGGAGAAAAAACCAUUUAUGGUGCAAAACAUGGUGAUGGGCGGCCUCAUAACACUGAAGUGCAAGGAUUUACGCAUCAUUUCACUAGAGAUUAAAUAUGCUAAAGAAUAUUUUAAUGUAGCAGCGUCAUUGGAGGCACUCAGUUCGUUACACAAUCCUGAACUCGAAUAUCCAUUUUUCUAUCGACCAAUGUAUACCAUACUUGAGGACGGAUUCACUAUGUUCCGUCCCGAACUAGAAUUUGCGAAACUAAUUUCCGGUGCUACCUGCAAUCUACACAAUGGUAAUGAAAAUUGUGGUGUCGGCGGUGGAGCGGUAACGGGUGCUGUUGCGGGUUGUGAGUGGCGUAUCACCACAGUCAAUAAGGAUUUUAGUGUGUGUCCAACGUAUGGCACUGCGCUUAUUGUGCCUAAAUCAAUUACGGACGAACAAAUUGUGCAAUCGGCUGCAUUCAGAGAUGGCGGUCGAUUUCCGGUGCUCAGCUAUCGGCAUGAAAAUGGGGCCACGCUAAUGCGCAGCUCACAACCCAUCUCCAUACAAGGUAUUAAACGUUGCCGUGCUGACGAAGCGAUACUGAACGUUGUGUUGGGACGCAGUAAAAAGGGGUUUAUUGUUGACACUUGGGGAAAGGGUAAAUCAAACACCGAAACCGAUCAACAUUACUCACAGUGGAAGAAAGUGAAUCGAGCUAUUGGCAAUGUGUCGGCGCCUUCAGCAAUUUUGGAUAGUUACACCAAACUUAUUGAAGCAUGUAAUGAUAUUACAUGUUCCGCAGACAAAUGGUUGUCACGCUUGGAAGCAAGCGGCUGGUUAAGUCUCGUACUGAAUUCACUGAAUGCUGCCUGUGUAGUUGCACAAUGCCUCGAUCAGGAAGGCAGCCCGGUGCUGGUUCAUGGUUCUAAAGGUCUGGAUUCCACACUAAUUGUAACGUCACUAGUGCAGAUAAUACUUAAUCCUGAUUGCCGCACAGUCCGCGGCAUACAAGCGUUAAUUGAACGAGAAUGGAUACAGGCCGGUCAUCCUUUUGCAUCACGUCAUCGCUAUGGCUGUUAUACGCCCGCACAGAAUCGGCCGAAAAACUCGGGUGCCUCCUUUGUGUUAUUUCUCGAUUGUAUAUACCAGCUAUAUACACAAUUUCCCUGCAGUUUUGAAUUUAGCCUGCAAAUGCUAAUUUUACUUUAUGAGCACAGUUAUUUCUCGCAAUAUGGUACAUUUUUGUGUGAUUCAGAACGCGAACGUCAUGAGUUGGGCGUGCAUACGCGCACCACUAGUUUGUGGUCUUACUUAAACCGGCCCGAUGUGCUCAAAAAUAUGCUAAAUCCAUUGUAUGAACCAAAUUCAAGUGUAAUUUGGCCAAGCGUUGCACCGAUCUCAUUAGAAUUGUGGAGCGACCUCUAUUUGCGUUGGACAGUCGAACAGAAAAAUAGCACCAAAACUAUGCAACAAAUACAAGAACUGGUCACACAGGAAAAGGAAUUACGCGCGAAAGCAAUACGGUUGCGCAAGCAAGCUUCAGAUUUGAGCAAUGAAAUGGAGGAUCUUAUGAUAUCCGAUUGAUCAGCGCAACCGCUGGAAACCAAAAAUACUGUAACCGCCACAAAAGCUUUUGGUCAUCACCAGUUAACAUAGAGCAAGUGAACAUUUACAAUGCUAAAUAAGGAAAGAUAUACUAGUUUUUGAAAUAUGCAGUUCAAAUUUUUAACUUUGCUCUCUAAGUGUCUCUCUAAAAAUAUACUAUAAUAACGCGAAUAGUCUUCAGGCACUGCAUCGCGUAACAGCGGUGUGUACAUUUGAAAAUUGAGUCAAUUUUUGGCGCAUUUUUAUUGUAACUUAAUAUAAGUUAAUACUUAAGCUAAUACUAAAUGAAAUCAAAAAUUCAAUUCCGUUUUGGAGGAAUAUUGAAAGAGAACAAUAAAAGUAUAUUGGUUUAGCAUGAAUGUACAUACAUGUGUACAUUUACGAAUAUAUUUAACAAAAGCCAAUUUAUUUCGAAAAUGUUGAAGCAAUGUGAAAAAGACAAACGCACUGAACUAAUUCAAAACUUUGAAAAGUGGCAGACAUACGAUUUUUAGUAUUUUAUUAAUAUUUAUUUAAAAUAGUAAUCGAUAGUGAUUCGAUAAACGACGAAGUAAUAAAAGUAAAUAAGAUGACAUUUGAGAUUAAUAAAUAAAAUAUUAAGAAAACUAAAUUUCUGUGACGCUAUUUUAAUCUCUUGCAUUUAGUCGCUAAAAUUCUUACAAAUGAGAAAAAUUAUUUGAUACUUUGUUUAUCGAAUUACUAAAAAAUCAAACUCUCUGACGUUUCGUUUAUCGAAUUACUACAGCGCUUCAAUUAUAAAAAAAAUCAAACUUCAUACUUUUUAUGAUCUUUGAAUAAGACCAAGAAUCUUAAAUGUUUGCCUUCUACUUAAUAUAAAUUUCUGCAAAUAUCUACAACUAUGAAAAUGAAGAUAGAGCUUUUGUAGCUUUUUGCAAUAAUUAUACGCAAGCGUAUUUAUGUUUGCUGUGAUGGCAGAAAAGCCGGAAAGAGUGUGCGAUAGAAUAUUAAUUCAAAAGUAUUACAAGCUUGCUUAUUCAAGUCUAUUAUUAGGCGAGAUGUUUUAUAAGAAAACAAAAAUACCACUUAGAUAGUCCUGAAGUCUCAAUAAAAGUUUUAAUGUAAUUUAAUAUCAUGUAAA